UUGUGAUAUAGGAGAGUCGAUGUAUAGAUCAUCGAGCUGGAGCAGAAUUACGGAUGGGUAUUAUCCGUCGCCCAAGGCGGGGAAUAUUACGGGGAUGAAAAUGUCAUCGUCGAUGGACGACAAUAAUGAACUCCCCGUUUAUGAUCCCAACGUAGAGAUGGCUAAUAAGAAAGACAGGUCAAGGGCUAAGUUCGCUGAGAAUGCUGUCCAUAUAAUCCCUUUGGUGCUGCUUCUUUGUGCCUUGAUCCUCUGGUUCUUUUCCAAUCCAGACGUGGAUGUGGGUACCAAAGUUGAGACAGUAGCAGAAAAACUCGAUGGAUUGACAAUAGAAGGAGACAUAGAUCACGACAGUGAUGGAACUCAAACCGGGUUUUUGCCUAUGGCGGAACCCAAACAUAAGAAUCAUUCAAGGAAACUGCACAUGUUCCUUAAUCCCCAAUUCAUUGAUUAA